AUGUGGGAUGAGGAGCAGCAGCAGAUGUGGGAUGAGGAACAGCAGCAGAUGUGGGAUGAGGAACAGCAGAUGUGGGAUGAGGUGCAGCAGCAGAUGUGGGAUGAGGAACAGCAGCAGAUGUGGGAUGAGGUGCAGCCGCAGAUGUGGGAUGAGGAACAGCAGCAGAUGUGGGAUGAGGAACAGCAGCAGAUGUGGGAUGAGGAACAGCAGCAGAUGUGGGAUGAGGAGCAGCAGCAGAUGUGGGAUGAGGAACAGCAGCAGAUGUGGGAUGAGGAGCAGCAGCAGAUGUGGGAUGAGGAGCAGUAG